AUGUUGGCUGCUGCUACUCAACCACCCGCCACCAGCCAACAGAAUCCCCUGCCCGCCCUGUCCACACUGACCCUGGAUACCUUCACCUCUGAAGACGAACCUCCGGGAUCGCAUGAGGAUCACAGCCAGGCCCUAGAACCGGAAGGAUCCAAACCAUAUCCUACCACUAUUCCCGACCAAGUGGAGGCACACAUUCUUUGCGCUGAAUGUACUCAGCUCAUUGCCAAGUCAAGGAUCAUCCAAGAGUUCAUGGGCACCGCGGAGCCUGAAGAUGCGUAUACCAUCUGGAAGAGGCUGAGAGGCGGCGAAAGAACGGAACUCAUUUCCCACAGCCAUGCCCUACCGUCCAUACCGGCCUUCGAGGCAGGCACCACUUGCCACCUCUGCUCGUUGGUACGGCAUAUGCUUCCGUGUGACGCCGUCGAACAUGGCUGUGGUUUUAUCGACGUUGAAGUGGCAGAGGAUCGCUCGCAGAACUACGUCCCGGUAAUUUUUGUGGUUGCGCCGUCUAGUCCUCCUGACACGGGCUCUGUCACUGGUGACCCGACGCAUGAGCCACGGAUGGUUGGCAUCCUGUUGAAGAGAUAUAGAGGUAAGUAA